UCGUCUUUGUUGUCUUUUUCAGUUCCCACGCCGGAACCCCUGAGAAAAAGUGCCCCACACAGUCCUGAAUUGACGUUUGCAUACAUCUCUCCACUAGACGGGUCUCUAUUUCCGCGGAGGACCGUCGUUCUACCCAGCAAUAGCACCCGAACUUCUAGCCCAGCAUGAAAUUCUCGCACUCCAUCCAGAUCAACGCCUCGCCAGAAUGGCAGGAGAACUACCUCGCAUACUCGCAGCUGAAGAAAGCCAUCUAUGCCAUCGAAAAAGCAAUGCUCGGGUUCGAGCGCUUACCUGCUUCACCGAGGGACAUACAGGUCGACAACGAGAACGACGAAGGCUCGCCGGCCGUUGAGGAAGCUCAGCCACUCCUAUCGAAAUUGCCAGCCGAGGAGGGCAACGCAUUCUUCGUCAAAGCGUUGGACGAGCAGCUCGAGCGGAUAACAGCCUUCUACACCAAAAAGGAGCGAGAGCUGACGUCUUUGGUGGACGAGUUAGUGACGGACGUUGCAACAGCGGAGGACUAUGCGAAACCACAGGCGGAUAUCGAAAAUGGGCUCCUGGUAGAGGAGCCCGCGGUCGAAGGAGACGCCGUCGCAUCGGUGGGGCCGACGCAGUCGCCAACAUCACCGGGAUCGUCGACCUGGCCUCGGAGAGGUUCCGCUCCUGUCAACCGAACAGGCAGCCCACGGUCCCGCAUGUCCGGAGUCUCCUUCACGACGCAAUUGUGGGCCUCGAAGGCUAUGAAGCCAUACCGAACCCGCUUCGCAAAGCGUGCCAUCGACCUGUUCAUCCUUCUUUCCGAAUUGAAGGACUACAUCGAGCUGAAUUACACAGGGUUCAGCAAAAUCAUCAAAAAGUAUGACAAAGUGACGGGUAACAAACUCCGCCGGCAAUAUAUGGCCACGAAGGUCGAAGUGGCCAAACCAUUCCGCGCUCAAUCGAAAGAAGCCCUCAACCAGCAGAUCAACCAGAUUGUCGAGAUGUAUGCGACGCUCCGCACAGAUGGCAAGAUCGCCCUAGCAUGGACGGAUCUUAAGGGAACAUUGCGGGAAAGAGUGAUUUGGGAGAGGAACACGGUCUGGAAGGACAUGAUCGAGCAGGAGCGGAAGAGGGAGACGAUAGCGCUGCGGGCACAGUCGAAGACCGGGAAAUCAAUUUAUACCGAGUUCACUUUGUUGGGUGUGACCAUUAGGAUAUCUCGGGAACUGCUGCAAGUCGUGCUUUGUCUGGGCGUGUUUGCGUUCUUGUUGCUGUACCCUACCUUUGAGGCGCCGGAGCAGCGGAACUGCUUGGCUAUACUGGUCUUCGCCUCAUUGCUUUGGGCUUUUGAGGUCCUUCCGUUGUUCAUCACCGCCAUUCUGGUUCCCUUCCUCGUGGUAUUUCUCCGAGUGCUCCGCACACCCGUCAUCAACGCAAAAGGGCACAUCACCGACUACAACCGCAUGACAGCCAAAGACGGCGCCAAGAAGAUCUUCUCAGACAUGUUCGGUCCUGUGAUCAUGCUGCUGCUCGGUGGCUUCUCAUUGGCAGCAGCGCUCAGCAAGCACAACAUCGCAAAGGGACUGGCGUCGUUUGUCCUGGGGAAGGCGGGCAGCAAGCCGCAGUGGGUGCUUCUGGCCAACAUGUUUGUGAGCACAUUUGCGAGUAUGUGGAUUAGCAAUGUUGCGGCGCCUGUGUUGUGUUUUUCGCUUGUCACCCCCAUCCUGCGCAACCUCCCUCUCGGCUCCUCCUACGGUCGCUGCCUCAUCAUGGGCAUCGCCAUGGCCGCCAACGUCGGCGGCAUGGCCUCCCCCAUCUCCUCCCCCCAAAACAUCAUCGCCAUCGGAACCAUGAACCCUGCCCCGUCCUGGCCGCAAUGGUUCGCUGUCUCCCUCCCGGUCGUCAUCAUCAUGGACCUGAUCAUCUGGGGCCUCCUCCUCGCCAUCUACCGCCCCUCGCAAACCGAAGGCGCGGCCCCCGUCCAGCUGUUUGGCGCUGAGAAUACCUCCAGGAACUAUUUCAAGGACCAUCCGUUGGAGAGGAAGCAGUGGUAUAUUAUUGCGGUCACAUUGGUGACGAUCUUGCUGUGGUGCUUUGGGAGCGGGCUGGAGCAGUAUUUUGGGGAUAUGGGUGUGAUUGCAAUUAUACCCAUCGUUGCGUUCUAUGGGGCCGGGUUGCUGACUAAGGAUGAUUGGAAUUCGAUGUUGUGGUCUGUCGUAAUGCUCGCCAUGGGCGGCAUAGCCCUCGGCAAAGCCGUCGACUCCAGCGGCCUCCUUCUCGAAAUCACCAACGCGCUCACCCCGCAUCUCGCCGGCAUGUCCGUCUUCAAAUGCCUCGCACUGUUCUCGGGCCUGGUCUUGGUGGGAACCACGUUCAUCAGCCAUACGGUCGGCGCGCUGAUCAUCUUGCCGAUUAUCUUGAAAGUGGGGGCUACGUUGCCGGAUCCGAGGGCCAAUACGCUUGUCAUGGCUGCUGCAAUGAUGUGCUCAGGAGCAAUGGGCCUCCCCGUCUCCUCCUUCCCCAACAUGAAUGCGAUAUCCCUCGAGGAUUCCAGCGGCACGCCUUGGGUGACCGUCGGCGAUUUCAUCAAAGUCGGGUUGCUGUGCUCGGUGGUGGCGUGGGUGAUGGUGUUGAGUGUCGGGUUUCCGAUUAUGGGGAUGGUGGGCAUUCAAUGAACAAGGGGUUGGAGAUCCCAGAUCAGUGCGUCGAAAAGCCUCCGACGACGUUGGGGAGGAUUGGACGGACGAUCUCAAAUCUCCCUGCCACGGGCACCAUUUUACAUAGACGGGUCUUUACAACGAACUACUGUAUACACACAUUCUACAUCUAUCUAUAUUUUCCUUCGUCUUACUUUGAGAGGUUCAGCUGCUGCUGCAGAUGGAGAAGAGCAUAAUUAGAUUGACCACUCCUGACCGAACAAACAGGCUAUGGCAAACCGCAAGCUAUAGCCUUGAGAGCUGUCGACCCCAGCGGUGAAUGUCAAUGAGAAUAAGAACCCAGGAAGCUCCCUCUCGCGAUCUUGGCCCUUCUCAUCUGUUCACUGUUGUUGGCGGUUGUUCUUCUUUUUGUCAACCCAGGAACGCUGCUGUUUCCGGG